UAACAGGUGAAAAGGUGGUUAUGAAUUUAUAACCUUACUAUUAGUCCGCUUAUUUGUGGUGUCGCUGUUUGCUUAUUUUGAAUGUUUUAAAUUUAACCGGCUAUUCAAUAUGCGUUAAAUAUUUAAUUGAUCUAUCUGAACUUCAUUAUAUUCGCUUGAAAAACAAUUGAACAUUAAAAGCACGAUUGUGUUCUUUAAUUAUGGCAGACGUUGAUGAAUCUGGGGAUACUUUUGUAAAGCAGCAGGAUCACCGCAAGCCUAUGUCUACUGGGUUGAAGGUGAAUUGCCCUAUCCAUAUAAAAGAUGCUAUUCAAUACGCUUUGGAUAUUGGUUAUCAUUUUGUGGUAACACAAAUAACCCACCCUAGUUAUUCCCGAGACUUGAUCAAAAAACAAUUCAGAGGACAACUAGGAAGAAGUGAUAGAGUUUUAAAAGGCAAUGAAUGGGGUAGACUAGUAGUAGCUGAAUUAACUAGGACAAUAAACGUAGACAGCGAUAUAGACCAUAUUCGUCUUCACAAUGAAGCACUUUUGGAACAAGAAUUAGGAUUUGCUUACCAUCUAGGUGUUCCAGCUAUACAAAUAUAUUUAAAACAGAGAAGGAAUAUAAAUUUAGCAAGGAUACUCUAUGAGAAAAUUUUGUCAUGGUAUACACUUUCAAUAUGGCUUACUAUUCCAAUGGUGCAUCCUUCUAAUUAUAGCAAGAUAUGCGAAGAAAAUGAAAAAGAAGAUUCUUGGGAUUGGUGGAAUGAUUUCAGAACCCUUUGUCGUUAUGAGAAACGUAUAGGUUUAGUUUUGGAACUGCCUGAUGUGAAGCACAUUCCUUCAACUGAUAUAAUAGACAGGUGGUUAGGAGAACCUGUAAAAGCACUUAUAAUCAAUACAAAUUUAUUUGUAACUAAUACUCACCUCAAGCCUGUACUACCAAAAAUUGUUCAAGAUGUUAUACAAAGAUUUAUGGCAAUCGAUGUGCAAUACAUCAUCAAAUCAGAUGAAAAAGGUGAUGUUUCUGUAUUCAAUAAAUAUCUUUCAUUUCUGGGAAGAAAAUUAUAUAAUCCUGGAGAAAAUGAUUCAGUUUAUCGGGGAAUGGAGGACUAUCUUCAAAAUCCACUACAACCUCUAUCUGAUCAUCUAGACUCAAAUAUCUAUGAAGUAUUUGAGAAAGAUCAAAUUAAAUAUACAACCUAUCAAAAUGCUAUUCAGAAAGCUCUUCAAAAUGUACCUGAGGAGAUCGAGACUCCUGUGCUGAUGGUAGUUGGCCCAGGUAGAGGACCCCUAGUCCAGGCAAGUUUGAAUGUUUCUCAUAUUAUUCAUAGACCAAUAAAGAUUUAUGCAGUUGAGAAAAAUCCAUUUGCUUGUAAUACUCUAUUGGAUCGUUUAGAAAAUGACUGGAACACCAAUGUGGUUCUCGUUAAUGAAGAUAUGAGAGUUUAUAAUCCUCCAGAAAAGGCAGAUAUCAUUAUUUCAGAGCUUCUAGGAUCCUUUGGUGAUAAUGAAUUAUCUCCUGAAUGUCUUGAUGGGGCUCAAAGGUUCUUAAAGGAGGAUGGUAUAUCGAUACCUGUUUCUUACACUUCAUACAUAGCCCCAAUUCAAAGUACAAAAAUAUACAAUGAGAUACAUUCAAAUAGACCAGCUGAUAAAACUAUAUUAUCGUGUUUUGAGACACCAUAUGUUGUACAUAUGGUUAAUUUUUAUCAAAUCGAUGAACCAAAACCACUUUUCACUUUUGUCCAUCCAAACUGGAAAAAACCAAUUAUUAAUAAAAGGUUUAAAAGAUUGAAAUUCCGUGCAAAAUUGAAUUGUUUGCUAACAGGAUUUAUAGGUUACUUCGAUACAGUCUUGCAUUCCGAUGUAAUACUUAGCACUAACCCAAUGAACCAUACUCCAAAUAUGGCAAGUUGGUUCCCAAUUCAUUUCCCCCUUCCAGAACCCAUGUUUGUCAAAGGGGGAGAAACUAUUGAAAUUGCUUUCUGGAGAUCAGAAUCAAAGGAUAAAGUUUGGUAUGAAUGGUGUGUGGAAUCUCCAAGAAAAAGUAAUAUAGUGAAUCCCAAUGGGAGGUCCAACUUCAUCACUAAGAUUUGCUGAACUCAAUGUUACUAACAUUGCUAUUGUGAUAAUUGUCUCAAAGAAUUUGUAGUUAUUUUAUAUAACAAAAUGCUGCCUUGGUGUAUAAUUUUUAUUGUUAACUCAUGUUUUUGAGAAUUUUAAUUUUGAAGAUUAAUUCAAAUUUAGUCAAUUAUCAAUAUUUGAAAUUUUAACACAAAUCUUGUUUUAGUUUUUGUAUUUCUGUAUGUUCUGAUAUGAAAUUAUUGGAAUCGAUUCCGUUUUAAACUCAUUAAAUGGAUCUCAUGAG